UACACCUUAAAAUAUAAACGUAUUUCGAAAUUUUCCUAAUUUCACUACAAAAUGUUGACAAAAGUGGGAUUGUUUUUUGUUACUGCUUUCGUGUUUUUGGAAAAUGCACAAGGAAAAGAUUUAAUAUUGUGUCCACAUCCUGGGCAGGCGAAAAAUUUGGUAUAUGAAAACACUAUCAAUACUCCAAUGCAGGGAAGUUCCAUCGUGGCUAGAAUUCCAGAUGUCUAUUUUCUUGAUUCGCCCAUGACGUGCCUGUGUGUUAGUCCUGGAUAACAAUGAUGGUGUGAGCCAACCUGUUAUAUCUGAUGGUGGAUUGGAUGUAAAAUAUGCUAUUGUGAAUAUUUUAAAUGAAGAUUAUAACUAUCUCAGUUAUACCAUUCGAGCUUAUACAGCGGAUGAAGGCAAUUCAGGAUCUGUUCAUUCUGAGUCACAUCCUUGCAGCAAAUAAUAUGUUACUUAUGGCAACACAAGAUUUUCAAAUGAUAUAAAUCAGUUUUAUAUUUCUGAUUUUCAAUCAUUUAGUAUUUAUAAAUUGUUUAUAACAAAUAAAAAAUAUUUUGUCGUA